GAUAUUGCCCGGCCCAUCGGGUAAAAUAAGCAAGGCGGGCUGGGAAUCUGGCAGUUACGUUGGAAAGACCGAACCAGCGAAGUUGGCCGCAAGAUAGACAAACAUGGCUGAACUAACUGAGGUAUUGCAACUGUUUAUUUGCUCUUCUAAAACACAAUCUGUGUUAGGAGAGAGUUUUAAUGUUGCUUUUCUUUCUCCUUUAGUUACGAAGCGAUAGAACUGAAUUAAAGGAUCUUUUAGAGCAGGCUAAACGACCACGUGUAAGAGUCGUUCUUCAAAACGAACUCAGCUCGGUCGACGCAAAGAUUCACGAAAUUGAACGCCAAAGAUUACAAGAUGAAGUAGCUAGUAUGGACCACGAAGACAAGGAGAACCCUAGCAUUUCUGAUAGCUUUGAAAGUCGGCAAAAAACAACGAGAGAAGGUCGCGUUCAGCGAAGUAAAAUCACAUCAUACGGUAAGUAUUGAAAUUCCUAAAACGAAAGUCGCCAUAUAAAAUUUGAAUCACAAAACCUGUCCUUUACGUGUGUUUUUAAAAAUACGGCUAUAAAGCAUGCUUGCUUGAAUAUUUUAAUGUAGGAAUAAUUUAGAACGGAAGGUUUUAAGUUAGUUCAAUAGUUUUACUGUAUUUGAAUACGGAAAGCCGAAAUGGCUGAUACGUGCUAGAACGGAAAGGUUAUUCAACCAUGACCGCCUCGAGUGUUUGUUCAAAAUUCACAAGGUGACCUUGGCAUUAUUUAUAAUUUGUCCUAAAGUACAAUAUUUGGCGUGCUUGUUUGUUCCUAGUACAGAACAAUGAAUCUUUGUUCUUUUUUAGCUAAAGCUGUGCGUCUAUGAUAGUUUUGAUAGGCGAUUAUUUGGGCGUUCUAUUUUGUCUAUAUGACAACGUUUCGAACAAUUCCGUGUUGAAAAUAUUCCAAAAAAAUUCUGUUUGCGCGCUUUGUGAAUUGACGAAUUUCAAGUCUUUGGUUAUAAAUCAGAGUAUUCUUAAACCUUUUAUUCAAAAUGUACAAGUAUAUUAACAUGAAAUAACCCAAUAAAGACGCAAAAUUCCAAAUAUAGUUCAGCUUAGAGUGCGUGAUUUGUAGUGCGCAAAUUAUCAUGAAUCUUGCGCAUUAAUUUUUGCGUAUUAUUGAAUACUAACAAAUCUUUAGUGCAUGUUUUUGGCCAUAAGAAAAGAGGGAACUUUUUGGGGGUUGUUUUUGAGCAUUUUUGCUUAUGAAAUUGGAGACAGUUUAGAUUUCGUAUUGUUUGCCCCUGGGGUGUAACUAGCGUCAUUUUGAACAGUGUACCUUUCAUCGUAUAAAAGAAAUGAGUCCUUAGGACUUACUAGAGAAAAUUGGUUGGCUUUGUGCCUUUUGCAAUUUCCUGUUAUAUUUCUUAUGGCCUUUAAAUAUAGAACAAGCCUUGGCCUGUUUUUUUAUGGCUCAUAUUAUAUAUCUUGUUAGUGUUAAUUAAUCCUAGAUGUAGUGCAUAUAGUAACUCCAUUGCCAAUUCGGGUAAUGAGUUACAGAUUUAUACAGCAACCAUAUUGUAUGAUGGUAUUUAAAUGAUCAAUAAAACCAAUCUCAAGCAUACAAAGAUUCAAUAUGGCGGUUUUUUGUCUUUUUCACUUUGGCAUAGUUGUCUGAGGAAGAGUAUUUCACGGUUUCACCCCUGAGUUUAUGGGUUUGAUUCUCGCUAUGGACUCAAAAACAUUCUGCCAAAGGUUGUGGGUUUUCUCGGGGUGCUUCGUUUUCUGCCCACAGGAAAGUUGACAGGGUGGAUUAGGACAAACACAGUUAAGAAAGUAAUAUCACAAUUGUUGUAAAGAUAAAAUAGUCUGGGCUGAGUAUGUAAUUAGGUAAGCGUAUAAUACUUGACAUAAAGCAUGUUUUAUCAUAUCCACAGGUAAAUUUAUGCAAUAAAAAUGCUAAUCCUAAAAACUUCAUCAAUACAUUAAGUUGGAUUGUCAAUUUAUUCAUGAAGCAAUCAUUAUAAAUAUAAGUCCUGUUUUAUGCAAAUUUCUUAUGCCAGUCGACCCUGGUACCACCUUGAAUAAUAUAUUUAAAUUGAACCAUGUAACAUAAUUAGUUUCAAAGUUUAAUUUUGUUUCGACAACUUUGUAUGUUUAUGCUGAUAAAUUGGAAAGAAGAGUACACCUUGAAUAAUAUAUUUAAAUUGAACCAUGUAACAUAAUUAGUUUCAAAGUUUAGUUUUGUUUCGACAACUUUGUAAGUUCACGCUGAUAAUAUAAAUUGGAAAGAAGAACAAACACAGUUAAUAUAUUAGCAAAAGAAAAAAUCCUGGACAUCUUUGAUGAAGAUUAUAUGGAACUGUCGGUUUGAAAGUGUCAUAUUUUGUCAAGUCAUUCAGGUGUUUUAUAAAAAUCCCAAGUAUGAGCCAUGGGUUUUGUAUGGCAUUUUUUUUAUUAAAUAUCUUUACCAACUGCUUGACAUUUUUGCUUGAAAUCUGUGAAUGAUUACUUUGAUACUAUCUUUUGGCAAGUAUCCUUUUUGGCAUGUUAGACAAAGAUUAUAACUUGCAACUUUAGCAGUUUCAUAACGGCGUGUUGUUACCAUCAAACAGUCUCUGCCAUGAUGUAUGUGUGUCUGAACUACUUGAAAAUAUACGUCAAAUGUGGCCAGGUUAGGGUGUAAGUAGUAGUCUGAAAUAUGGUUUUGAACUGAGCUACCUCAAACAAAAUCUAUCUGAAGAGCAAACAGGCUCUUGAAAUACUGUUGAAUGGAUGAUAUGAUGUCCCAAAACCUUUUGAUUAAUUUUUCAAGUGCCAUAUGGUUGUGUCUGUCUGGCCUCUCGAACUUGAAACCUUUUUUUCAGGAGAUAUUUUAAAGCAACAUUCCUGUAAUAGUUUUGACAUGUUUUUGAAAGAUUUUAUCAGAAAUUCUUUAGAUAGUUUAGGAAGUUGAACUUCUCCCCAUGAACAAAUAGAAGUGAUCUCUGUACAAAACCACAACACUUAUCUUGUUUACGGAACUUCCUUUGUCUUGAAAGUGAGAUAUUUUUUGGCAAAGGCACUUUGUCAUGUGAGCUGUCACACCCUUUCACAUUUGAUAUAAUAUGAAUGGAAUAGUAUAGUUGUUCAAAUAGACUAACUUUAUACUGGAUAGCUCUAUCAGUUCAAAACUGUUCUUCCUAGAGGUCUAGCCCGGGUAAUCCCGUAUUGCUACAGUGCUAUACAACAAAAGUUUUGAAAUGAUUUUUUAAAAAUUCUCUCAAAAUGUUGACUAUUGUACAGUAUGGUGUCAAAGUACAAAUAUUGUAUAUUGAAGUGUAAAGAAACACAUGUUUCAUAUUUCCUCUUGAGAUAUGGCUUAUCUUAAUAAAACUUAAGAACAAUAAAAUCCUGUUGAUAUUUUGUCUUCAGUUUUAAUGUCUAAUCCACUUGGAUAUCAGAUAUCUUUGAGAUGGCAUCAAAUCUCAUUUUUCAAUGACACAACAUGAUACUGAUUAUCAAAAAUAUGUCCUAUUUUAUUUGGGAAAUUUUCUAAUCACAGUUUGACUGUUAAAGCAUCACUAAUCUUAUUUGUGCCUGUCAGAGAUUUGUGAUGAAAUAUAUAGCAUUGUAUUAUCAUAAUCUCUAAAUAUAUAUCUUAUUUCAUCCUAGAUUUCACUUAGGUCACACAGCUUGACUGUUAUAAUACUUUAUCUAAUUUAAUUUGUGCAGUAAUACCAGGCCUGUUCUCAUAGGAUGCUAGUUGUCUACAAGUGAACAAAAAUCCAUUUCCAGUCAAUUUGAAAACGUAAUCAUCAAACAAAUCCCUCUCGAAAAUCCAUGAUAUGGACUGAGAUCAGUAAAAAAUUUUGAUAGGUGAUGUUUCGAUUUCACAACCUCCUUCAGACCACAAGACUCCAAUAAACCAUUUGAAUAAAGACAAUAAGACAAUAUCUGUCUGUGUAUUGUCUAUUAAAUAUGGGACGUUUUCAUGAACACAAUAUCAAGACUUGGGUAUAUUUUGGUUGAGGUCACGUACAAGGUAGCCUGAGUGUCAGACGAAUAACGAAUUAUAUUCGUACGUACGAAUACGUACAAGGAAGCACAGAAAUUUCCUAUGGGAUGACUAAAAUCACAUGCAGCCGUAACUCAAUCCAUGUGGACCUAGCACCUCGCCUAGAAAUCCGUGGCUUACUGCCAAACAGUUGAUCAGCUUUGAUCUAAUUACCUCUUACAGUUUCCUGUUGUUGUGUCAAGCCUUGUUGAUUGCUCAGGAAGCCUCACUCAACACUUGUAUCAUCAGCAACACAAUAGUGCAUGCAUGCCUUUGGGUCACUGCAAGGUCACACGUAUGUCUCCUGUGGUCGCCAACCCCUGAGUUCAAACAAUGCUGAGGACAGGCCUAGGACAUAUGUUUCUCUUCCUCUCAACAAAAUCCAAAAAUAAAAGUUUCCUGUGUAAGUCGAAAAUAAAACUUCCCCCAUAUGUGUGAAUUUCUGAGAACGUAUUGGUGCGACACAUUGUGAUAAAACUUGAAUCUUGGCACAAGACAAUCUCGAAGUUUUUAAACAAUAAGUAAAUUAUAUGCCAUUCCAGUAAGAUGACAAAAAAAUUCCUGCAUGGUGUAAGAACAUUUCCUGCACAGAUAUUUUGAUUUAGAUUGAUGCUGCUAGCUCUCCUGAACAUUUUCCAACUCUGACUGAGGGCUUUAUGGAAAACACGGAAUCUGAGUCCCGCUAGUAAUAAACCAGAAAGGGAACAGACCUAUAUUAAGUUAGAUGGAAUCGUCAUUAGGAAACGGUCUCGUUUUCAAAAUCAUUUCAAAGCAUCGAAUCUUACACGAGUGUUUUGACUAUCUCUUAUUCUCAACGAUGAAAUUUUGAAUAGACAAAGUAAAACGAUAUAGACGAAAUUUUGAUCUAGACAAGAAGAAAAAAUCCAUCACCACAGCUAGAAAGAGCAUGUUUCUAGGAGAUCAUAGAUCAGAGAGUGCUUCCCCUGGCUUCCAGAGAGUACUCUGGUUUCCUCUUUUUGAAUGUGGGAUGGGCUGCUACUGGAUCUCUGAGCCGAACAGUCUAGUUGAGAAGAUAGAGCUAUCCAGAAUAAGUCAAAUCUUAGUUUGCAUAGAACAUUCUGCGAUGUGCGUUUGUGAUUGCAUAGAACAUUCUGCGAUGUGCGUUUGUUACUUAUACUGUUGAUUUUAUUUUGUUAUCUUGUCCUAAUCAGGUUUGCAGAUGUGCGCGAAAUGAUAAUAGUUUCUUUAUCUUUUGAGAUUAUGCUGUUUGAAUGCGCGCCGCGGUCACGAGGUCAGAGCGGUAGAAUAAAACGCGGAUGCGGGUAGACAUAGAAGCGGAUAGCGGAGGAGCGGAUAGACAGGGGGCGGAUAGAAAUGUCAAUAAGUUUAGCUUUUUCUAAUUGUCCAUAAAAACAAGGGCAUAGACCUUCGAUGGGGCUAUUGUUAUGUUAAAUAAUGUUUUUUGCCUCCUUCGCACAAUUAUACAGAAGCUCUAAGAUUGUUUGAAAGUCAUUAAGCAUGCAACAGCACAUAUAUUGCACAUUUUCUUUUUCGUGUGUUUCACACAUUAUUCGAUAUCCAAGUCAAUAUUCAAGCCAUUUUAAACUUUUGUUAGAAAUUGUUUUGAUAUCACGAUGUUUUUUGAAUCUUACACAAAAGGUACUGUGCCGUAAAAACUAGUAAGUGUGUUGUGUGAUGUUUGAUGAAAAUUACUUUAUGUCACGGAACGGAUACUCUUGGAACUCGUUUAUUGCUUGAACUGACUUUGAAAUGGGACACGUUCUGAGUUCAACUUGUUUUACCUAACUUGAUAUACUUAUGAUGUUUGUGAUGUCACUCUGAGUGUAUAUCCACACCGGACAAGCUUGAAAAAUAUGCCUGGGUAUCUAAAGCAACAGAAACCUAUCUUACUGAAUAGUAGAAAAUAGCAGUCCGAUGGUCUCUUUCUAAACUGUAUGUAUGGUAUAGUUUAGAAAAUAUUUUAAAUCUCCUGAAAGGUGAUCAUUUGGGGCCUGUUGUUCAAAGCUGGAUUAGCUCUAACCUUCGGUUAAAAUUUAACCUGCUGUUUUAGUUUAGGCCAAAAAAAAAUGUGGGUUUCCGGUUUCCCGACCCUACCUAGCUUUUGGACGUCGUAAUCCCGACCCUAAACUUUUUUAUUGGAUCAUGCUUGUAAGUGUUUCCACUUAGAGGAAAAUGUUUGUGGAAAAUUGAAAUUUGAGGCAAUAUUAGGGAAAUUUAUUUUCGGAAGUGGAAGCACUGACUAAAAAUGUCGUUCGCUUGUUCGGAAAAUUAAAAAAAAAGUUUAAAAAAGAAAGUUAAAACCGACCUACCCUACCUAUUAAGUUUUUAUAAGAAGAAACCGGAAACCCACAUAUUUUUUUUUUGGCCUUAUGUAUUUUUGCACGUCUGUUUAUUAGAAAAACUUUAGAGAAGAAAACUCCUACUGAUCCAGACAAGAUUUCUGAAGAAAUAAAUAAACAGUUGAAACAGUUUAUAAUCUGUGACCCCUUUUCAAAUAUGUAUAGUCUAAAUUUUUCCGGUUUUUUACACACAUCUGUUCCUUACAGACUGCACACUAAGAAACUCCACAAACAACAACAACGGUAGCAACAAUAAGGAAGGUCGUUUUCCUUGCCAAGCUACUGGCUGUUCCUACGUUUGUCGCUGGCAAUGUGAGAUGAAGGUUCACAUGAAUAAGCACACGAAGGAGAGACCGUAUGUAUGUGAUUGGGCGAACUGUGGCAAGAGUUUUGGAGACAAGAGCUCAAUGCGAACCCACUACAAUGCCGUCCAUUUGAAACUGAAAAAAUUUAAAUGCCACGUUAAAGGGUAAAUUACCAUACCUUUGUUUCGUUUCAAGGAAGUUUAGACAAGUUGGGCAGUUGUCAAAUGGGCCUCAAAAAGUUUAAAUAGUUGCCAAGACAGUUUAAACCAACCAAUCUCAAAACAGGUUUCCCAGUCAAAGAACAGCUUAUAACCAGUCUUGAAUCGGUGUUUAUUCAGGUCUAACAACAUGGAAAUGUCUCGAAACAAGUUUAGACUGGUUAAACUAGCUCUCUAAUCAAUGACAGGUUAAAACAGUUUUAACAGGUCCUAAAACAAGUUUAGAUAGCUCUCAAAACAGGUUUAGACGGCUCUUAAUAGAGGUUUAGAUAGCUCUCAAAACAGAUUUAGAUGGCUUUUAAAACAGGUUUUGUAACUGGAUGAUCAAUCUCUAUCACAGGUGCAGUCUGUCAUUCACGUGCGCAAAGAGUCGCAACCGUCACAGCAGAAAUACGAAACUACACGAGAAACUGUUCUCUGGGCAAUGUUUCCGCGACCAGUACAUGUGUGUGAACCACACCUCUCUACCUAAAGAAGAAAAACCGACGAAACAGGAACUCCCUGAAGACUUCAAGGGAGUCGAAGAGAGCCAUUUUGAAAAUGAACAAGUCCCAAGUCCAACCUCUGACUACGAGCCGAAAUUUUACCUGGAUUCCCCGAACCUCACAAACCCAAUGGGACUUAUGUUCCUUAACCACCCGAGUAUGUACCCGCGACGGGACUACUAUCUCUAUAAGGAUCUUUUCUCGAAGGCUCUCAUGAAGGAGUAUAGUAUGUAUGGUUACGGCUUGAGUGGGGCUGGAUUUCCUGGGUUCUAUCUCCCGGCACCCCGGGCCUCCGUCAUUAAGGAGAAUAAUUUGGGUAAGUUGAGUCCGAUGAGUGUUUAGGAUUGUAUGGGGAAUACCAUAUGAUCGUUUUUUGGUACCAAUCGUUCAUUAAAUGAACAUUAUUUGAAAGUAAAGAAGAUUUCUAACAGACUAACAUAUUAAUAUUUGUUUUUGAAUAAACGUAAUUUCUGAGUAAAUUGUACUAAUACUGUAUACCCGAGUAGUUUUACACGUGAGAGCAUCUCUUAUUAAUCAGUUGUGAGAUUAGUAUUACGAAAAGAAAAACAUUUCUAUACCGAGAUACUGCAACAAUUAUGAAUUAUUUCUGGACAUUUUCAAAACAAAAUAUACAACUUAAUCAAAUUUUAUGAUGUUGAGGCUACACUCUAAUUUAUUCAGAAUUUGUUCUAAUAUAAUUAGAAGGUAUAAUUACCGAUAUUUUCGCAUGCUUGAGCGUGUAAAACUAGUAUUAAAUUAACUCCUAACAUUUUAUGGAUAACAACGUAGUUUAGCCAGUUUUAUAUAUAUAUAUAUAGGUAGUUUAGAAGUAAUUAUUUUAACACUUACCCUUAAAUUUAACUAACUUAAUAACUAACUUCAAUUUUUUAUUAUAAAUUCUAGUAUUUGCAUAGAUUAAUUAAGUAGCUUAGUUUAGUUUAGUUUAGUUUAGAAAAUUUGUUGAUGGUAGCUUUGUAUUUAGUGUAGUUUUAGAAGGUAGUUUCAUGUAACAAGGCUAAUUGUCCAGGCAAGGGUAAAAAAAAGCACAAGUGCAACCAUUUAAAUGGACUAUAUUUCAACCGAGCUUUCGUGUGAUGAAAGUGUACUUUUAUACAUACAAGACUGGAUAUUGUACACAUGGAUACAAGAGGGUAUUUUGUUUGCUGGAAUGUACUAGUAUGUACAACGUAGCAAUAAUUUAGCCCUUGUGCAUUUUAUGAUCCCUUGCCAAAAGCAAGGCACUUUUUGGCAAAUGGUUUUCCACAAUGAAAUGAAAAUGGUUUGCUUGCUAUUGUAAUUGAUAUAUAAAAGAAUCAAUCUUUCAACAUCAUUUCAUUACGCUCUGAAAUUUCAACAUUUUAUAACUUUGCCAAAAAGUGUCUUGUGACUGACUGGCCGACAUUGCCUUUAGUAGUAAAAUUUAUAUAUUCAAUUUACCAUCAAGUCCUAAUGUAAGAUCUAACCGCAUGAUAUUAACAACGAUUUAACAUUUAAUACAUUGUUGAUGCUGUUUUAAUGCAUCAACUAUAUUAUUACUAUGAAGGACAACCCAUAUUGGGUAACAAAUACUUGGCUCCGUUAUUUUGGAGUCGGUAAGUUUAACCCAUAAUAACAUUUUAACAAAAAAAUAUUUGUAAUAAUAACAGUUAAGAAAUGUCGAAACCUAUUGCAGCCUAUUCAAAAUUCUGUUUAAAAGUUACUACUGUUAUGAUAAUGUAAGCAUAGAAUGAGGGUGUGAAACAAGUGUAACAAUGCAUUUACAUUUUAUGUGUGAAUUAAUAGGAUUUUAAUGUCGUUUGGAGAAAUGAAAGCGAAUUUAACAUAUAAAAAUGCUGCAAUAAUUCGUCAUUUCUUGGAGUUCUUUUCUUUUGAACUAUAACAAUUGAUAACAUUUAUUAAUAAUAAUAACAUUUUGUCAAAUAAUAUGUACUAACUUUAAUUACACUUUGUGCGAGUGGCCAAAAUAAUUUUAUUAUCAUUCAACAACAUAUAGCCAACGAAACAUCGAAUUUUAUACUAAUAUUCCCAAAUAUUAAGAAAAGUAUAGGAUUGUAGUUCGGAGUGAGUACCUAGUGAGAAUAUAACGAUUUGACUUUUAAAAAUUUAUUAAAUUUCAUAUUGUAGUUUUAACAUUGAUAUAAAAUUAUAGCCAUGUCAAUGUGUUUAGAAAGUAGGGCAACAUAUAGCCAUUUUACACAAAAGCUUCAUGGGAACAAACAUUUCGAGUUUGAGCAAGUUUAGAUUUUUAAAUGUUCUCUGAAAGCGUUACUGCGCAUGCGUAAAGUUUUGCAAUAGAAACCGUAGUCCAAACGUGAAAAUUUGUUCCCACCAAAGCUCACCAAAAUCUUUUUUAACAUGUAUUGCAGUACAAUGACCUUUAAUAUAUAAUCCUAGAAGGUCCGUUAGUCAUAUCCUGUAUGGGGAUUAAACGCAAGCCAAUGUUCAAUUGUUGAUUAUCCGUGUUGACUGUUAUAAUUUCGCACUGUCUCGGAUGUGUUAAGAAGCGGAGUAUUUCAUGCCCACAUUUUGCUAGCACAUGCCAAAAAUGUCCUCCAGAAUAAACCACAGAUGUUUGGCUGGGGAAAUUGUUGGCAAUCAAUGUAGUGGUAUGGAAGUUUCUUCGACCAAAUUAUCCUGUCUAAAUUCCUUAAAGACAUUCCAGAGCACAGCCCAGCAUUUCGCUUCAUUUUCAUUGUCCGAUAUUGUACUGAUUAUUGAUAAUAUUUUAAAAAGUGAAGUAUAACAGUCACCACACUUAAACUUUUAACGUUGCUUGCAAAUUAUAUAACCUUGAUCGAAAAGCUCAAUGAGUUUUAUUAAAUUGUAAGGUAGUGAUUUUAACUUGAUUUGAUAGCUAUUUUUAUAACGUAGGAAUUUUGUAAUUUAAAUUUUUAUUGCGGGGAAUUGAUUAGGGGAACUUUAAUUUAGAAAGUAGGUUUUUUAUAAAUUCGAGAACAAUUACAUUUUUAAGAAUCAUUUGUAAUGAUAUUUUUUAUCAAAUUAUAGUAAUAAAGCUUUUUAUAUUGUUAAUCACUUUGAAAUAAAAUUUUUAAUCAAACUGUUGUAUUUCGUUUAUCGUGUGAAUGAAAAACAAUGAAUUGCACAUUGCCACCGGUAACAGAUCACGAGCUUUGAGCAGUGUAGAACUUUGCUUUCAAUUUGCGCUAUUCCUGGAUGGCGUAAUUCGCAUUAUGUGCGUGAAUAUAGCGCACAAUAUGCAAAUUAGGGCCACAAGUUCAUUCUAUGCUUUCUGACUUUCAAACACUUAGAGCUUCUCUAGUUUGCGACUAGCUUUGUAAAACGGACAAUAAAACCUUUGGAAGGUGGGUUUCACUAAGCAGUAUUAUUUUAUAUUUCAAUUUUCGUGUUUCUGUGUUCAACAUUUCAAAAGUUGACCAGCACCAAUCUACUGCGCCGUAUUUAGCACUUAGAUUAGGGAGUUUACCGUUUACGACGCGCCGGCUCGACGACGCGCUUUCAAAACAAAGAAAUUUGUCAUGCGAGACAAAAACUGUGAAUAAUUCGUGGUCCCAGGGGUAUUCUCAACACAACGUUAAACAAGCAUUAUCACGUCUUUCAAGCAACGUGAAAGCUUAAUGCGACCCAAGAGGUGUUACUUGAAGUCGAAAUUACAGCAAAAAUUGCAUCGCUUUAGCCGAACGUAACAGUUUGUAAGGUUAUUUGAAAAAGCUUCAAAUAUUUAGAUACAGUAAUCAAAUUGCUUAGCGCUCAUUCUUGAGCUGAAAUUUAGACCGCGUCGUUGAGCCGGUCGCGUCGUAGAUCGUAAACUCUCUAUUAUACCGGAUAGCAUUCUGUAGCCGCGCUAAAAAUCACCUAUCCCAUACGGAAUGUACAACUUUCAGAAGCUGAGCGAAACAACAUCUCUCCGUUGUAAUAUCCUGGUGUGUUUUCAUGUCGUUACGAAGAGCUAUCCGGUACAAGUAUCACGUAGCCCUAUUAAAACUCGCUAGUACCAAAUUUGUGCCGCUCGUUGGUAAGUGCCCUUCAUUGAUAAGCAGAAGCAGCGGAACCUUUGAUGUAAGCAUAAGCAUAAACAGAAGAACAAAUGUUGCGUUCUUCUUAUGCUUACAUCAAAGGUUCCGCUGCUUGUGCUUAUGCUUAUUUCAUCGUGUUGUGUCGAUUGAAAUGCGCAAAUUAAUCAAAUUUUCUCGUGUCAUACACCAAAAUAGAAUUUGCAUAUGUGUUCCGAGGUAAAAAUAGAAUCCGUGAACUGGUGUCGAAGGAUGAUCAUAAAAUGAACGAAAAUAGUCUAGCCACCCUGUGUGCAUGAAUUCUUGUGUGGGGGGCAUUCAUUUAGUAUGUAGGCAAAAAUUGAACCCCCUCCCUCCCCCUUGUACGCAAAGAACAGAAACGAUACGCGAAAAUGGAAAAUUUCUCCCCCCCCCCCCCUCAGUUGUGUACUACUGAAUGGAUCACCCCUAUUGAUGGUUUGAAGACAGUAGCGUUACAGGAACGGUUGAAUUAAACCUGGAUCAAACCAUAGAUCAAACGAGGUUGCAUGAGAGUUGGUAGUCACGCAACCUUAGCUGUUCCUAAUGCUUUCCCAACACUAUCAUGUAUUGUCAAUUUGUCAUACCAUUUGCGCAAACGUUUACUUUGUUAAUCUAGAGCUUGAUAUGCGUGACAGUCAACUCUCAUCCGGGGUUUUAAUGUCUUAUUGUCUGUCGCUUUUUCAAAUCCGUUUUUCCGUUCGCUCUGCUCAAAGGUUGUGAUCUGGUUUUUUUUCUGGUGUUGAAUAGCCCCUUUGUUUUGUCACGGUCUUAUUGUAUUACCCGUGGUUUUGUUCAGAACAAUAAUCGAUUAAAGCGAUUAAACUUGACCUUGUUGCUAUUUAUAAGUUCCAAAGUGCUCAUUUCUUUCAACACGGGAUAGAGUUUAAAGGUGGCACCGAGCCAGUGAACCUGCCUCGUAAUGGAACGCGUCACGCGGCUGUGGGGCGAUUAUUUGAUUACCGAUCUCGUAGCCUGCAUGACAAGCAUCUACCCGCGAGACGGAACACCCGACUAGGGGAGGCGCGCAUAUUAUCCAAUGAGGUCGAUAUACCACUGGACUACCAAAAUUUUCCGGACUUAAAAAAUUUUCCGGACCAACAUGACCAUAUUUAAAAAAAUUUCGACCAAAAUAAGCAAGGCUUGCCAAUUUUUCACCACAUUUUUCCGACAUUGACAUUAAAUUUUAAAUUAAGCUAAUAUCAGUUCCAUUUUGACCAACUUUGAGCAAAUAAAUACCAGUUCCAUUUUGACCAUGCCAACUUUGACCAACGUUUGAAUUAUUGGGGGGGGGGGGUGUGUUAUAACCCCCCACACCCCCCAGUAGCGACGUCCCUGCUACCAUCUCUGUUCUACACGAGAAGCCUGAACAAACUCUGUAAUGCAGUUAGUCUUACUGAUCUCACAAUAGACCCUCCAUUCAUUCGGGAAUGAAUUAGCCAUUCCGAAGUUGAUGAGUGGACUGGGGACGAGUGUUAAAAAGUGCCCAAAUUAAGAAAUGAACCAAAUCACUAAAAAGACCACCUCGAAAUUAGUAAGUAUACAAAGUUUGAAGACGUUUAGAUGAAUAUCCUUCGAAUAAUAAGCUUUCGAAAAUUGUGAAAUUACUGGUUAAAAGAUUGUUUUUGGGACGCGCGUCCCAAAAAACAAAAAUUACAGUACAUUUCAUAGUAAAUAUCGCGAUUUUCGAAAGCUUAUUAUUCGAAGGGUAUUCAUGUAGACGUCUUCAAACUUUGCAUACUUACUAAUUUUGAGGUGGUCUUUUUAGUGAUUUGGUUCAUUUCUUAAUUUGGGCACUUUUUAACACGGUAUCAACUUCGGAAUGGCUAAUCGGAACGUGCUUGGAAAUUUUGGUUUUCCAGUUGACAUUUGAGCACAGCCAAACAACAGCGCCCAAACGUACAAUUCCCUUUUUAAUCCCAGAUUAUAAUUUUUAAUAUUUUUAAUAAAAUUUUCAUCUUAUUUAAACUACAAACAUUUGUAUUAAAAUGUACAGAAAGAAAAGGUAAGAAUGUUCUCGGGAACAUCGAUUCCUCUUCUCCAUUAAUAUCAAGUUCAACUGAAAGAUUGUUUAAUAAGAAUUUUAAAGCCAAUUAAAUUAAAACACUUCUGCACUACGUAUGUUGCACAGCAGUUAACCUUCAACGACCCAGCGAGUUCACCUGUUCUCACUAAUGUAAAUAAAAAGUAUUACGAUUUUUACCUGUGCACGACCCAGCGAACCAUUAAACCAGCUCUGUCCAAUGUAAAUAAAAAUCGCUAACAUUUUUAUCUUUAUCGUUCGUCAGGUUUUCUCCAGAAACCUCAGACGGUCACAAUAUAUGUGGACCUUGCGAGCGUGGGAAGCUUACACCGAGAUCUGAUUCAAGUCGACUAUGGACGACGCAGUCUUAAUAUUGUUAUAAAUAACCUCAAUGGAAAAACGUAUGAACUUAAUCUACCAAACUUGGGAGGAGAAAUUGUCCCAGAAAAAUGCAAAUAUAAGGUAGGUUCACUUUAUCAGACAGUUCCCAGUUGUGUAUGUAUACAUGUGUAUUGAAACUCUGAAAGAUAGAAUGCUCGAUAUACUGUAUAGUCACAGAAUACUAUACAGAAGUCCAUCUCCAUUGUUUUUUGCGUAAGCGCUAUUUGUCAUGAUUCGUCACUCGGCAAGUACCGUAAACAAUGCUGUAAACAGAAGCAGUCACCCCCUGGACGUGUGGCAUUUUGAAUAUUUCCAGGGGGUGGACUGCUUCUGUUUACGGUACUUGCUGAGUGACGAAUCAUGACGAAUAGCGCUUACGCAAAAAACAAUGGAGAUGGACUUCUGUAUAGUAUUCUGUGAUAUAGUAGACUCCUGAGACGCGUACAUUAUCGUAGUUGAGUUGUGUUUUUACCUAAAACAUGCAACCUGCUUACAACUUGAGUUGUACUGUGUAAAUCAAGCACACAACUUGCCUACGUUGUCGUAUAGUUGAGUUGUAUGCUUGAUUUACACAGUACAACUCAAGUUGUAAGGGACCGGUCAUAAAGUAACUUCUAGGGUGGGCUGGAGUGAUUUGGGAUGGGCCAUGGAAAAUCUUUGGGCAGUUUCGAUGGGCCGCCAAUUUUUUUGUAUGUUCACGGUUGGGCCACCAAACAAAAACCCAUGUUAAUUAUAUAUUAAUAAAUUAAUAAUCAUGUUAAUUAUAUAUAAAUAUAUUAAUAAUAAAAGUAAACAAAACUAUCCAAAUUAUCAAAUGCAAAUGAUGCUAUUGAAGCCAGUACUUUGUUUUAUACAACAACAAGAAGUGGUCGAAUCACAGCUCAUGUAGUAUGAUCGUAAUUGGUGAUGAAUGUGUUGGUCAAGCUUGGUGGAAUUAUGUAUGUCAAUACAGUGCCGGUGUAUAUUUACAAUGUUCAUACCUGCAAGUUUUUUUUUUAUUAUAAAAGUGUAUUUUCCCAAUUUAGAUUGGGUGGGUGGGUCAUGAAAUAAAUUUGGUAAGAUUAGAUGGGCUUUGAAAUUUUUAUCUACAUCCUAAGAUGGGUCACCAAACUUAUUGGCAAAUUUUGUGAGUUACCUCCAGCCCACCCUAGCAGUAACUUUAUGAUCAGUCCCUAAGCAGGUUGCAUGCGAUGGUUUUAGGCAAAACUUGUGUAGUGUAAAUCGUCCUUUCGAGAGGCAGACUUGGAGCAAGUGUAACCUUGUGUAACCGUCUCUCUGUAGGUCAAGCCCAACACAAUUACAGUGAUAUUGAAGAAGGCGCGGGAUGGGGACUGGGCAGGAAUCUCUGCAACGGAAGUGAAAGAAAAAAAAGCGAGGGAAGAGAAAACAAGGUAAAGAUCCUGGGAACGAGGUUUGGUAAAGUCACAUGACUUGGAUUAAGCUAUUCAGGAAACUGUUCAGGAAUUGUCAGAAAAAUAUAACCCACUGAUGUGGUUACUAACUCGUCGAUAGUGCAUGUGUCAUCCAUCUUUGCGACUGGGGUAAAAUUCCUCUAGAUAUGCUGUUGUAUGUCGGUUAUAAUAUCGCCUCUACCAAACACAGUAUGUUUUUUCUGGGCACCUGUGUCCUAGCAGUAGCACACUAUAUCAAUUAAUGUCCAUUUCCACACGGGAAAAUUUUCCGCAGAAAGAAAAUUUUGUAAAUUCUCCGUCGGAAAAACAUUUUGAAGUUGAAAAUUUUCAACUUUUAACAAUGAUAUUUUUGGAAAAUUUUCUGUCCGUGGAAAUUUAAUUUUCUUGAGUGGAAAUGGGCCUUAAGAGAGUACUCUUUCUAGAAAGAGAAAGAAAAGCUUACAACUGAUAGAGCUAUCCAAUAGAAAUAAACUAGGAUUAGUUUAAAUUCUCCUCUCUGAUAAGUGAUAACACUGGACCAACAAGGGUGAUGACUUUUACUGGACCAGAGAGAGCAGUUUAAAACAGUUAGUUGACACUGGAACAAUCAGUGAUGGCUUUUACUGGACCUCUUGGAGGAAUCGUUUAGGAGAACUGAUUCUAUCUACGCACGUAAAAAUCUCACAACUUGUGAACAAGAUGUGUUCGCAACAGGCUUGUAGCAAGCUUGUCAGCAAGUUGCAACAAUGCUGUUGUUUCAUCAAGUUGCUACAAGGUUGUCACUCACAACUUGUUGACAAAUUGUUGAAUUUACGGCCGUACGGUAACAAGCGGAUGGAGCAACUUGUAACAAUUCGGUUGAGCUCAGCAACCUUGUAGCAAGUUAUCAACAAGCCGUUGACAACUUGUCAACAAGCUGGGAACAAGCAGUGCGAACACAUCUUGUUGACAAGUUGUUGGAACAGCAUUGCCACAAGUCUGCUGCAGGUUUGCUACAAGUUGUGCGUUUUUACGUGUAUAGUAUAGUUUUGUUUAGUUCGUUAUGCCUUUCAGUAAAUGUGUGUCAACCUCGUACUCAGGGUCUUACCUCCGCCCGCCCUUUCCAAUGUUUCAGAAUGGGCGACUUGGACAAAGACAAAGAUCCAUCAGAAAGUCUGAUGGACCUGAUGAAGAAAAUGUACGAUGAAGGUGAUGAUGAGAUGAAGAGAACCAUAGCCAAGGCCUGGACAGAGUCACGUGAGAAACAAGCUGCUGGCUCGAUGAUAUAGAAUGCUUGGUACAUGAUGCAUAUUUAGGAAAUACCAACACAUUUAGGAGAAUCAUAUUUAUUGUAUGUUGUUUUAAUGAAACUAGGUUUAUAUUAUUGCGACAUUUGUUAACUUAUAACUGAUGUGUUCAUUUGUGAUUAAAGAAAGGGACGCAAAAUACUUGAUUAUCAUAAAGAACCUGGCGAUGCUUAUGUUUUUAGGCUGACCAGAAGUUCAGAACAUAUAUUAUAAGUGUUUUAGCACAAAACACAGCAGCUUUUUGCAGAAUACUACCUACACUGGGCCUCCACGUGUGAGAUAUCUUUUCUUUUUCAGGUAGUUCAGACACAAACCACGAUAGUUUAUUGUAGAAUACUACCAACACUGGACCACCA